AUGGUCUUGAGCUGGAAAAGGGCAAAGUGCCCUCUCCCGGUCGGGGAGGAGGUCCUGUUCCAAGCGGAGGAGUUUAAGUAUCUCGGGGACUUCUUCACGAAUGAGAUAAAAAUGGAGCGACAGAUCGAUAGGCGGAUAGGUCGGAUUCUGGACAUCCCGUGUAAAGUGUGUGGAGAUCGCAGCUCAGGGAAACACUACGGGGUCUACGCCUGCGACGGCUGCUCGGGAUUCUUCAAGAGGAGCAUCCGCAGGAACCGGACCUACGUGUGUAAAUCUGGCUCCCAGGGUGGUUGUCCCGUGGACAAAACUCACAGGAACCAGUGCCGAGCGUGUCGCUUGAAAAAGUGUCUGGAAGUGAACAUGAAUAAAGACGCCGUUCAGCACGAAAGGGGCCCCCGGACGUCCACCAUCCGCAAACAAGUUGCCCUUUAUUUCCGGGGCCACAAAGAGGUGAACGGCUCCUCGGCCCAUUUCCCGGCGUCCUCUCUGCCCGGGCCGCCCUUCUUCACCACCGUCACGCAGCUGGAGCCCCACAGCCUGGAGAUGAGCUCGGUGGCCACCACGCCGGAAAGACAGGCCAUUGUGGGUCUGGCACAACCCACUCCAAAGUAUCCCCACGAGGUCACCGGCACCCCCAUGUACCUGUACGAGGUGGCGACGGAAUCUGUGUGCGAGUCGGCCGCGCGCCUCCUCUUCAUGAGCAUCAAGUGGGCCAAAAGUGUCCCCGCCUUCUCCACCCUCCCUUUAUCUGAUCAGCUGAUUCUGCUGGAGGACGCUUGGAGAGAACUUUUCGUUUUGGGUAUCGCGCAGUGGGCCAUUCCCGUGGACUCCACCACGCUCCUCGCUGUCUCAGGGAUGAACAGUGAAAACACGGAGUCUCAGCGGAUGAACAAGAUCAUGGCUGAGAUCCAAGCGCUGCAGGAGGUGGUCACCAGGUUCCGGCAGAUGCGUCUCGACGCAACAGAGUUCGCCUGUUUGAAAUGCAUCGUGACAUUCAAAGCAGUUCCCACGCAAGGAAGCACUGAAUUAAGAAGUUUCCGCAACGCCAGCGCCAUCGCAGCACUACAAGAUGAAGCCCAGCUCACCCUCAACAGCUACAUCCACACCAGGUACCCGACUCAGCCCUGCCGCUUCGGGAAGCUGCUGCUGCUCCUCCCCGCGCUCCGCUCCGUCAGCCCGUCCACCAUAGAGGAGGUGUUCUUCAAAAAGACCAUUGGAAACGUGCCCAUCACCAGACUCCUCUCGGACAUGUACAAGUCCAGCGAUAUAUGAACUCGGGUGUGGGGGGUAGAGACAAAGACUCGGGUCAUGGCAGGUGCAGAACUCUUAGUGUAGCUUCUAUAAAAUCAGCUGCAACAAAAAUACCCCGUUAUCACAAGUUUAGUCAGUUAACAGCUGCUCUAUAGGUAAAAUAAAUCAUAGACCGCUUUUAUCAUCCAGAAACUGCAGGUUUUUAUUUUAUUUAAAUGUCACCAUAGGACUCUGAAACCUGCAGAGUCCGUUUGACACCCACUUGUUCUGUAUUCUCUUUGUAAGCCUCUCUGAGACCAAUGAGCCUGUCGACCAACUCAAACUUUAAUUGCUCUUCAAUCCCAACCGAGGAAAACCAAAAGAAAGAUGGCGCAUGCGCAGCGAGGACGUGCGUCGCUGUUCCUCGGUCCAGUGCUGAAACCAAACACGCAGAGAGGUUCCGGCUCUAUGAAGAACUGUUGAACGAAAACUAAUGAAUGAAUAAAACUUUUAAGGGGAGGCUGCUUUUCCCUCCUGACUGUAAAAACGACGC